AUGCGAACCCAGACCGGCGACACCACUUCCACUGGUAAUGCAAGACCAGCUUCGGGGCCCGAGUGCGAGUCGGGUAAAAAGAAGUCGGAUGGUUUUCGUAUCCCGUUAUCCCCUGAUUUUGGUGUGGUUGUGCGGUCGCUUCCCGCACCGGGCCGAACCGCACAACCACGGCGGAUUCAAUUUGGUCUCCUACACGAGGAUUAA